GUCCCGGAGUAGUUAAGUAAAUGAGCAUUUUGUUCCACUAAUGAACACUAAUGAAUAUGCCAGAGACAGCACUUGGAUUAAGCCCGGCCGGCAGAAAGAGCGAGUGAGUGUGUGUGUUCGGGCCUUUUGUUGGUUCGGGGUUUUUGUGUUGUUAAUUAAUAAACACGAAGCCCGGGGACCAUGGAGCGUGUGUGUGUCUGCGCUCAGCAAACGCGCAGACGUCGAGGCCAGAAACAGAGGAGGCCAUUCUGCUCUUCCAUGCCAGCCGAAAUGAGAAAGUUUCAAACUGUUGCCGGCGCUGCCGCCGCUGCUGCUGCUUCUUCUAACGAGGCAGCGGCGCAGGAGUUGGCCGCAGGAGGUGGGUUGUGGAAGAUAGCGGAGGAACAUGGUGGACGCGGAGGAGGAGGUGGCCGAGGACGUGCAGACCCCGGCGAGGGAGUCCAUUCCGCAUGUAAGCCAGCCACGCAUCCAGCGAGAGAGAGCAGGCGGCAGAGGAGCGUCGGAGGUGCAGCAGGGUGUAAACUUUUUCUGAAAAUAAUGAUCGAUGGUAGUGAUCUCAUCUCCAUUUUGCUGAAAUGGGAUCCAAACAUUUUCCAAUGGCCUCUUCAUAAAGUACGGGUUGAUCCUCUGUUGAUCUCAACUAAAAUUGUUCUUUUAUAUUUUUGUAUUUAAAAUUUAACUAACAAAUUAUAAAAAAAAUUAAUUAAACACGGAUAUUAUUAAUAAAGACAUAAUUUUGCGAAGUUGUGAUCUUCUUUAUGUAUAUCUAUCUUUACUUCCCAACCUGCCGAUCUUCUG